GCGAUGGCAGCCAUCAGGAAGAAACUGGUGAUAGUGGGAGACGGUGCCUGUGGAAAGACGUGUCUGCUGAUCGUGUUCAGCAAGGACCAGUUCCCCGAGGUCUACGUGCCCACCGUGUUCGAGAACUACAUUGCCGACAUAGAGGUAGACGGGAAGCAGGUGGAGCUGGCCCUGUGGGACACGGCAGGACAGGAGGACUACGACAGGCUGCGGCCCCUCUCGUACCCGGACACAGACGUUAUCCUCAUGUGCUUUUCUAUCGACAGCCCAGAUAGCCUCGAGAACAUCCCCGAGAAGUGGACGCCAGAGGUGAAGCACUUCUGCCCCAACGUGCCCAUCAUCCUGGUGGGGAACAAGAAGGACCUGCGGAACGACGAGCACACGCGGCGGGAGCUGGCGAAGAUGAAGCAGGAGCCGGUGAAGCCAGAGGAGGGCAGGGACAUGGCCAACAGGAUCAAUGCCUUCGGCUACCUUGAGUGCUCGGCCAAGACGAAGGAGGGUGUGCGGGAGGUCUUCGAGAUGGCCACCCGCGCGGGCCUGCAGGUCCGGAAGAACAAGAAGCGCAGAGGCUGC